AUGGUUUCCUUUUGGCCAUGGGGCAAGGAUAACUCGCCGGCCUCUUUCGAGAAGGCGCUUUCGGCGCUUUCAGCCAAAAUCGCAACCACCCAAACCCAGCUCGACCAGACGCGGUCAAGAUCAAGACGAGUCAAGCUACUAUGCACGCUCUACCUCGGGUUCGCAUAUCUGGUCUACGCCAUCGUGCUCAUGCUGGUGGUUGGGUGGAAGAAAAUGGGCCCCUUUGAAUGGAGUGGCAUGGCUGGUGGGCCAGUGUUGAUCUCUGUGGCUCGCUCCGCGACGACUACCUUCUUCGAUUACCGCAUCCAGAGCUUGAGCGCGCGACUCAAGGACCAGCAAACCGAGCGCGCCAAGACAAUACAAAAGCUGAAAGAGGCGACCAAGUACGAUUCUACCCUGGAGCUACUGGAAAAGUACGGUGGAUCCGAGAGCAGGAACAAGAAGGGGGAGGGGAAGGCAGAGGAGGAUGAAGGUGGACGACCUGGGGAAAAGGGGAAUCAGACGAGGGGAAAGCGUGCAUCAUUGCCGCAACGUACCAACAUGCCGCCACCACCCACGGCGAACAUCCAGUGGGGCCCUGCUUCUAGCCCUGGCCCCCCUCAGCCAAGACCGCAGAGCGCGCGAGGUACGCCGUCUCAUCCUCAACCGGUACAACCCGAUAUGGAUGUGUCGGCAGAGUUUGCACCGAAUGCGUUUGACGGGAAGAACCCUCCCCCAUCCAUGCACUAUCCGCCGGCCGUCAUGACCCCUUCUGCCGAGUCGCAUUGGUACGACCGCAUCCUUGACACGCUCCUGGGAGAGGACGAGACGGCAGCGAAGAACAGGAUUGUUCUGAUCUGCUCCGCUUGCAGGCUCGUGAACGGGCAAGCACCGCCAGGGACAAAGACGCUAUCCGAGUUGGGAAUGUGGAAGUGCAUGGCCUGCGGUGCGGUCAACGGGGAGAUGGACGAGGGCAAGCGCAUCGUACAAGAGGUCUUAGGGGAGCAUUCUGCUGGGGUCAAGACUGAGACAACAGAUGAAGAUGCGGGCAGAAGCUCAAGCGACCUUGUCGAGGUUGACAAGGACUCGCAGUUGUCUGAUGCCGAUCCACACAGCUCGGGAGCUGAGGGAUCCGGGAAGCAGAAAGGGAAAAAGAAGCAGUAA